GGUGUACGUCAAGUCUCUGGAGCAGGUGAAUGCCUAUGUUGUGCAGAGAGAGGCUCGACAUGGGCGGCGAAUCGCUCGCCGAGUCAUGGACGACGCUAAGCCCUGCACCCUCACAUGGUGGAAUCUCAGCUUCGACGGACGGUACGUCAGGAGGGCCAAGAAGCACAUCAUGAUCGAUCCCUUCAGGGGGGGGACGCCGGUUCUGAAUCUCAGGUCGUCCCGGCAUCCUUCAUUGACAAAGCGGAUGGGGGUACGACGCGGGAGAAACUCGUCAGGGGUAGGCGGAAGUGAUACCGUCUACUCCAAGGCGCCCAGUAGCAACACUACUAUGGGCAGACGGGGGUUUAUAAGAACAACAAAGUGGAAGAAUGGUUGUUUGCUAACACAUCCCGCCCAGUUCGACCCCCAUGUCAUCGUCGAUAUCAAUUCACACUUGGGUAGUUGCGCCGCCGCCCCACUAAGUCAAAUAAUGGAGAUUCAAAAGUGGAAGACCUCGGUGAGGACCCGCCGUACUGCCCAUGCGAGAAGUGUCUAGGCAAGCUUCCCCACCCUCCAGGCAACUGCCCCUGGACAGAAUACGAUGUCAUCGACCCCCGCGAGGAGAAAACCCUCGAGCUUCCGCAAUCCUACCCAGAUCGCUAGCAUAGACAUCUCCGAUGUACUGACCAUCUGGUAUGAUUCGUGCUCAAGUCAUGAAUAUGGGGUGUAUAUAUAUAUGUAUAUUCUCUAGCCGAAUUUUCGUUCUAACAUUAGAUCGCACACACGGAGACGCUGGAGGUCGCAUUCUGCCAGCCUCCGAGGAUCAACCACAA